AUUAACCCCCUAAUCUUUUCCAUCAUCCUAUUUACCUUAUUCCUAGGCACAAUAAUUACCAUAUUUAGCUCCCAUUGGCUAACUAUAUGAAUUGGAUUAGAAAUAAAUAUGUUAGCUAUUAUCCCUAUCCUAAUCAAUAAGGCCACACCACGAUCAACAGAAGCUGCAACUAAAUAUUUUCUAACACAAGCCACAGCAUCAAUAAUUUUAAUAAUAGCCAUCACACUUAACAUCCUUGACUCAGGCCAAUGAACACUAAUUAACCCACAAAAUCACUUUACACCAAUCAUAAUUAUACUAGCCCUAAUUAUUAAGCUAGGAAUGGCCCCCUUCCACUUCUGAGUACCAGAAGUCACCCAAGGAGUCCCCCUGAAAUCGGGUCUUAUCCUCCUUACAUGACAAAAACUAGCCCCUCUAUCCAUUCUUUAUCAGAUUUCUUCCUCUAUUGACUCAACUAUGAUAAUACUAGUAGCUAUUCUCUCAAUCAUAGUUGGUGGCUGAGGAGGACUAAACCAGACUCAACUACGAAAGAUCCUAGCGUAUUCCUCAAUUGCCCAUAUAGGAUGAAUAGCAGCCAUCAUUACAUUCAACCCUAACACCAUAGUCCUAAACUUAAUUAUUUAUAUUUUACUUACAAUUCCUAUAUUCAUAAUGUUUAUUCAACACACAAGCACUACUACGCUAUCCCUAUCACAAAUAUGAAACAAAACCCCAUUAAUAGUAACAGCAAUUCUAAUCACUUUAAUAUCACUAGGAGGCCUCCCUCCACUGACAGGCUUUAUUCCAAAGUGAAUUAUUAUUCAAGAAUUAACAAAAAAUGGCAACAUCAUUAUACCCACUAUAAUAGCUAUACUAGCCCUCCUAAACCUUUUCUUUUACUUACGUCUAAUCUACUCUUCUUCACUAACUAUAUUCCCAACAACCAACAACCUAAAAAUAAAAUGACAAUUUGAAUCAAUAAAACGUAUAACAUUUAUAGCCCCACUAAUCAUCUUAUCCACAAUAUUUCUCCCUCUCACACCUAUACUCUCAGUACUAAACUAG